CCUCAGGCGCAGGGGGUGAGUCAGACUGAGCCGGGUCGGUUAACUCAAGACAUCUUGCAGGACGCCUCGUCAUUUACACUAUUUUCAUUUCUGCGUCUGAGGGAAACAUACCUUCCCUGCAGGACACGGGGCCCCGAGGUCUGCCCUUGACACCCAUCGUGACCUUGGGCGAAGCCUUGAAAAGUGUCUGGAGGUUCCCGAAAGGGGAAUAAGUCCCUCCUACACCCACGCACGCCCUGUAGGACGGAGAGGCUGCAAAAGCGCUAAACUCAGACGGGAACCAAGGCGGCAGUCCCGGGGAUAAGGGGAAUCGCGCACAUUCGCCAUUCGCAGCUCGCGUUACUAAUCCCGGACCGGAUAGAACAGACUAUAGGAUAGCAGUCAUGCUAGAAGACAAAGGUCCAAGAGUGAUUGACUACUUUGUAGUCGCAGGCCUCACUGAUACAUCUACCCUUUUGGAUCAAGAAAUAAAUCGUUUAGACACAAAAUCAACUGGACCGAAAGCUCCAAUUACAGAUAUUGCUGUUAUUAUCAAGUCAGCAGGGGAAACAGUCCCUGAAGGUUUCACUUGUGUUGAAGCUACUCCAUCUGCUCUCCAAGCAAAUUUGAACUAUGGAAGCUUGAAAAGUCCAGAGCUUUUCCUGUGUUACAAGAGGGGAAGAGACAAACCACCUCUCACAGAUAUUGGAGUAUUAUAUGAAGGGAAAGAACGACUUAUUUCAGGUUGUGAAGUGAUACAAGCCACACCCUAUGGUCGCUGUGCCAAUGUUAACAAUAGUUCAACAAAUUCACAAAGAAUCUUCAUCACUUAUCGAAGGGCUCCUCCAGUACGACCUCAGAAUUCCUUGGCUGUAACAGAUAUCUGUGUUAUUGUAACUAGUAAAGGAGAAACUCCUCCUCAUACAUUUUGCAAAGUUGACAAGAAUUUAAACUGUGGAAUGUGGGGUUCCAAUGUGUAUCUGUGUUACAAGAAGUCUGUACCUGCUUCUAAUUCAAUAGCAUAUAAAGCUGGGUUAAUUUUUAGAUAUCCUGAAGAAGACUAUGAAUCUUUUCCACUCUCAGAAUCUGUGCCUCUUUUCUGCCUUCCUAUGGGAGCUACUAUUGAAUGCUGGGAUCCCCAAACCAAAUACCCACUUCCAAUUUUUUCAACUUUUGUUCUGACAGCUUCUUCAGCAGAAAAGGUCUAUGGUGCUGCUAUUCAGUUUUAUGAGCCAUAUUCUCGGGAACUGCUAACAGAAAAGCAACUCAUGCAACUGGGCCUUUUGACACCUGUGGAAAGAAGAGUGGUUCCCAAAUCUAUCAAUUCAAACAAAUGCAUUUGUCUACUCUCACAUUGGCCUUUCUUUGAAGCUUUUAGAAAAUUUCUCAUGUUUAUCUACAAACUUUCAGUUUCUGGACCUCAUCCUCUUCCCAUUGAAAAGCACAUCUCACAUUUCAUGCAAAAUAUCCCCUUCCCAUCACCACAAAGACCAAGAAUUCUUGUUCAGCUAUCAGUCCAUGAUGCAUUAAUAUUGUCCCAGCCGGUUUUUACACCUUUACCACUAAGUGGAGCCGACUUCAGCACAUUGUUGAUGAAUCUGGGUCCUGAAAAUUGUGCAACAUUGCUUCUUUUUGUUUUGCUUGAAAGUAAGAUCCUGCUUCAUUCUCUUAGACCAGCUGUGUUGACAGGUGUGGCAGAAGCUGUUGUUGCUAUGAUCUUCCCAUUUCAGUGGCAGUGCCCGUAUAUUCCCCUUUGUCCUCUCUCUUUGGCAGCAGUACUCAGUGCUCCCUUACCUUUUAUAGUUGGAGUUGACUCAAGAUACUUUGAUCUCUAUGAUCCACCACAGGAUGUUGUUUGCAUUGACUUGGAUACAAAUAUGGUUUAUAUAUCUGAUGAAAAGAGGAACAUGAAUUGGAAACAGCUUCCCAAAAAGCCCUGUAAAAAUUUACUUAGUACUUUAAAGAAAUUGUAUCCCCAAUUGUCUUCAGUUCACAGAAAAACACAAGAAGGCUCAGCAGUAGAAAUGACUCCAAUAGAAGCAGAUUUUUCUUGGCAAAAGAAAAUGACUGAACUUGAGAUGGAAAUCCAGGAGGCAUUUUUACGCUUUAUGGCUUCUGUUUUAAAGGGAUAUCGGACAUAUCUCAAACCAAUCACAGAAGCUCCUUCAAAUAAAGCUACAGCUGUAGAUUCAUUGUUUGACCGGCAAGGAUUUUUAAAAAGUCGAGAUCGUGCAUAUACCAAAUUCUACACUCUUUUAACUAAAACCCAGAUUUUUAUUCGUUUCAUUGAGGAAUGCAGCUUUGUAAGUGAUAAAGAUACUGGACUGGCAUUUUUUGAUGACUGCAUAGAAAAGCUAUUUCCUGAUAAAGGCACUGAAAAAACAGACAAGGUUGAUUUAGACUCGGCAGAAGAUACCAGAUUGAUAGAGCUAGAUGAUUCCCAAAAGAGUGAACAUACAGUAUUAAUAAUGCCGCCAGAGCCACCUGCUAGUGAUGGACAAGAUCUGUCACCAAAAUAUAGCUACAAAAACUUUCCAAGACUGGAUCUUAAGCUUUUUGAUAGACCACAGGCAUUAAAAAUACCUUUCAACAGACAUCCUGCAGGAAAUAACAUUUCAAGCAGUCCAGCCCUCAUGGCUAAAAGGACUAAACAGGAGAUAAAAACAGCUCAUAAGUUGGCCAAGAGAUAUUAUGCAAACCCACCACAGUGGGCUAAGUGUCUAUUCAGUCAUUGUUACAGCUUAUGGUUCAUUUGUUUGCCAGCUUAUGUUAAAGUUUCUCAUCUUAAAGUGAGAGCACUACAACAAGCAUAUGAUGUACUUAUUAAGAUGAGGAAAUUAGAUGUGGAUCCACUGGAUGAGGUGUGCUAUCGUGUUGUAAUGCAACUUUGUGGACUUUGGGGUCAUCCUGUUCUAGCAGUUCGAGUCUUAUUUGAAAUGAAAAGUGCUAAAAUACAACCAAAUGCUAUUACCUAUGGCUAUUACAAUAAGGUAGUUUUGGAGAGCCCUUGGCCUAGCAGUAAUCGCAGUGGUAUCUUCUUGUGGACGAAGGUACGGAACGUGGUGUGUGGCAUAUCCCAAUUUAGGCAGCCACUUAAAAAGGCCACACAAAUAUCAGCUCCUCGGAAUCCCACAGGUGGAAGUGAUGGGGACACGGUGAGCCAUGGUAGCGUGGAUAGUUCUAAUGAUGCUAACAAUGGGGAGCACACACUCUUCGUCAGAGAUUUAAUCAGGCUUGAUUCCAUUGAUAAUCACUCUAGCACAGGUGGUCAGUCUGAUCAAGGGUAUGGGUCAAAGGAUGAACUUAUAAAGGAUGAUGCAGAAAGUCUUCAUGUAACAGAAGCACAUGUUGAGGAAGAAUUGUUAACAAAGACAAAAGUCCAGGAAGACAAAAUUUCUGAUGUUCCUGCUUUUGUGGAAAAGCUACAGCAGCUGAGUCCAGAGCCCUUUAAUCCUGCAGAAGCACCCAUAUUGGGAAGCAGUAUUGUGAAAGUUCCAUCUGGCAUUUUUGAUAUCAGCAACCGAAAAAGUAGCACUGGUAGUACAUCAAAUAUACUAUUUUCUGCUCAAGAUUCUGUUGAGGAUACAGUGUUCACUGAAGUGUCGAAUCUGAAAAUUAGUGACAAAGGAGAAAAAAGACAAAAACAUUUUUCAGAAAGAAGUUGUAGUUUUAGCUCUGAAAGUCGAGCAGGAAUGUUGCUUAAAAAGAGCAGUUUGGACUCAAAUUCUAGUGAAAUGGCAAUAAUGAUGGGAGCAGAUGCCAAGAUCCUUACCGCAGCAUUGUCCUAUAAUAAGAUACCACCAUUUCAUGUUCAAAGAGAGCCAGACAGUGUGGGCAGCCCACCAGCUGACACAAGGACUCCUGUGUGUGCAGGGGGAUGGGGGCUGGAGCCUAGGUCAGCUCCAGGUCUGGGAAUGUUGGAGGAAGGGCAGGAACAGCCGGACCUUGGUGGUGAUGGUGAUGAUGGUACAAUUGCUGACACUAUGGCAGAAGAUAAACUGACAGAAUCGUGGGAUAAUCAGUCCAAAGAUGUAAAAACAGAACCCAAAUAUAUCGUAAACAAAAGAAAUAGCUCUUAUAGUAGAGCCAAACCAAUCGAAAGGGAGGAUGUUGAAACUGGCCUUGAUCCUCUGUCGCUGUUAGCCACUGAGUGUAUAGAAGGGAAGCCAUCUGAUUCUGAGGAGAAGACACUGUCUCCAGUUGUGGCCCGUAAUCUAGCAGAUGAAAUAGAGAGCUACAUGAACUUGAAAAGUCCGUUGGGGAGCAAGUCUUCCAGCAUGGAAUUGCACAAACGAGAUAAUAGAGGGUCAGCAGAAUGUGUUUCUGGUACAUUUACUCCCUCUUUAGAGCGACGGUCUAGCCUGCCCUUGGAUCACAGUCCACCAGUCCAGGAAAAAACUGAAGAGCAAAAGAGCCCUCCUUCUGUAUCCAGAUCAAAAACUUUCACAGGACACUCCAAACAACAAGCUCCCCCACGAACACAUAAGGAGCGUUCUACAUCUUUGUCAGCACUUGUUCGUUCUUCACAGCAUGGAUCAUUGGGCUCUGUAGUCACUUCUUUGUCAGGAAUAAAGCUGGAUAAUAUUUUAUCUGGACCCAAAAUAGAUGUUCUCAAGUCUGGUAUGAAACAAGCAGCUACAGUAGCCAGUAAGAUGUGGGGAGCUGUGGCCUCUGCUUAUAAUUAUUCAGAUGAUGAGGAAGAGCCCAGUAGAGAUUACAGCUUUCCUGCUGGUUUAGAAGACCAUCUUUUGGGAGAUGACUUAACAUCAAAAGUGCGUGUGCCAGGACUAGGCACCAAUGAACUCACUCAGAGCAAUACGAGUCUUGGCAGUAGCAGCAGCAGUGGGGAUGUAGGGAAAUUGCACUAUCCAACAGGUGAAAUUCCAUUUGCAAGAGGCGUAAAAGGUCAGGACUUUGACAAGUCAGAACAUGGAUCUUCUCAAAAUACCAGCAUGUCCAGCAUCUACCAAAACUGUGCAAUGGAGGUCUUAAUGUCAAGUUGUUCUCAAUGUAGAGCUUGUGGUGCUUUGGUUUAUGAUGAAGAAAUUAUGGCUGGAUGGGCUGCAGAUGAUUCAAAUUUGAAUACUACCUGUCCAUUCUGUAAAAGCAACUUCUUACCCCUCCUUAAUGUGGAGUUUAAAGACUUACGAAGUUCUGCAAGCUUUCUUCUGAAGCCAAGUACGUCUGGUGACAGUUUACAAAGUGGAAGCAUUCCCUUAGUGAUGGAUCCUCCAGAACACAAACCUGUGCCUAGUACAGCAGAACCUGACUUGAUAAGUUUUAUAGAUUUUCCAAAGCACAGCCAGAUCACAGCUGAAGGAAUAAGUUCUGCAACUGAACCAAGUGUUGAGCUAAAGGAAGAGAAUGGAGACUUCUCAAGUGUGAAACCUGCAUCUUUAGCUAAUAAUUUUUCAAGUCGAGGAGUAUCUUUGACUCGAAGCCACAGUGUUGGAGGCCCUUUACAAAAUAUUGAUUUUUCUCAGCGACCUUUCCAUGGCAUUUCAACAGUUAGUCUGCCAAACAGUUUACAGGAAGUUGUGGAUCCUUUAAGGAAGAGCCCCAACCCCUCCCCUGUUUCCGUGCCUUACUUGAGUCCAUUAGUGCUUCGUAAAGAACUUGAAUCUCUGUUGGAGAAUGAAGGGGAUCAAGUGAUUCACACAUCUUCAUUCAUCAAUCAACAUCCAAUUAUUUUCUGGAAUCUGGUUUGGUAUUUCAGACGUUUGGACCUUCCUAGCAAUUUGCCAGGACUUAUCCUCACAUCUGAACAUUGUAAUAAGGGAGUACAGCUUCCUCUUUCAUCUCUGUCCCAGGACAGCAAACUAGUAUAUAUUCAGCUAUUAUGGGACAAUAUCAACCUUCAUCAAGAACCUGGAGAGCCCUUGUAUGUUUCUUGGAGGAAUCUCAACUCAGAGAAGAAAUCAUCCUUAGUCUCAGAAGACCAGGAGGCCACAAGCACUUUAGUAGAGAACAUCCGGCAAAGCAUUCAACAUAAUGAUGUUCUAAAACCAAUCAACCUUCUUUUACAAAAAGUGAAACCAGAUGUCAAACGACAAAGGAGUUUAUAUCGAGAAAUCCUCUUCUUGUCAUUGGUGUCUCUUGGAAGAGAAAAUAUUGAUAUUGAGGCUUUUGAUAGUGAAUACGAACUCGCAUAUAAGAGUCUGUCUUCAGAUAUUCUUGGAAAGAUGCAGAGAAUUGAUGCUCCCCCAAGUCUCAGUGUGGAAUGGUGCAGGAAAUGUUUUGGAGCACCUCUCAUUUAAAUUAGGGAUUACUUUGAAUCUUCACAGCACACAUCAGUCCUGGGAAAUAAGGUGUGCCAAUCUGAAAACAUUCAGGGAUUGAUUUCAGACUCCUGUGAACUGAUGAAAAUGCUGGUAUGUUCCCGAUGCAUCUGUAGCUCAUGACCUGUUUGUGGCAGUUGAGAGUCUCUUUUUUAAAUUACUUUUUGUUUCUUUUAACAAAAGUUUUUGGAUUUUUUUCAUUUUCCAUGAUUCUUUUGUUAGAAAGAAAGAAUGAAAAACAAAGCUCACCAUAGGCAUUUUGUUGAUAUGGUGUUUGGGGAACUUUCAGAAUUGAGAAAAGUAACUGUAAAUCUCUCAAGUCCUAAGUGAAGCUAAACAGCCUAAUUCUAGGAGCAAAACCUAGAGGACAAUAGAUUUUCCUGUGUAAAUAUACCUGUGUGUCUCUGUAGAUGUAUGCAUAUGCAUCCUAUAUAAUAAGUGUAUAUAUUUAUUAAAACUCUUAGAUUGCACAUUGCAAUACAACUUUCUGAAAGGGUCUCAUGACCAGUGAAUUGUUGAUGCUCACAAACUGGGCCUCAUUACUACUAGUCAAAAUUUUCUGAAACUCUUGACAAUUACCCUGCCCCUGGCUUUAUUUUAAAUUUAAUAUAUACUGUCACUCUUUGUUUAUAUAUAUUCUUUUUUUUUUGAUGGAAUGUUAUAGUCCUAAUAUCCAAUUCCCUUCUCUUCUUCCUUCGUGGUACCACGAUCACUUACUCUGAAGGUGGAACAGUUUUUGCAAGCUAAUUAGGUAGUUUAAAUGAAUUUGAAUCUAGAUUUCCUAGUGAUUUACAAAAUUAAUUGGAACUUGAUCCUUUAAAAAAAAAAAAAAAAAAAGGCAACAAUUUGCCUUUUGGCCUGAAUUUUUCCCUCGGGCAUGCCUUGGUCACUUUUUUUUAAACCUGUGGGAUACCUUGCACUGCAAAUGGAAGUUUAAUAUUUGUAAUGUUUGAAAGUUAGUACUUGUAGAUUUGCACGCACAUGAUCCUUAUUGUGCAUGUGUAUAUUUUUUUAAUAAGCUGAAUGAAUUAAGUCUUAAAAGAUGAAGCUGUUGAGCUUAUUGUAGUUAGUAGAUUUAAGAUGAAUCAUGACCUCACAUGCCUCUCAGCAUUUUGUUAUGCCUUAUAUGCCUUCUAAUAAAAACACACUUUGUUGAGUGUGUUUGCCUUAGCUUACUUUAUGGGACUAAUAUGUUUCCUGUUGAUUGCUCUGAUAUUAAUUAAAGUCAAUCUGAAUUUCCAGGAACCACUGGAGAUGAAUAAAGAAAGCAGUUGCUUCAAAAUAGGCACUUCUAAAUGGUGUAACUUAAAAGCACAAACUUGCCUUCUACCCAGUGUGUAUUCUGUUUAAAUGACCCUAUAAUUAUUGUACCAUUCUACAUAUCUGGAUUUAUCAGCUUAAUACCAAUGCAGGAGGACUCUAGUUUCAGGUCAUUUUUGAGAGUGUUAGUGGCAUAAUCUCAUGUCAGAAAUUACAUAUACUAUGGCAACUGAACAGGUGACAUGACUAAAAAGUUUUUAUAACCAUUACUUUAAAAACACAUAUUUUGCACUAUUUGUGUAGAGGAUAUAUUUUUGCAAUUUAUCCCUGAUUUUUCUUUCAGUUGUUUAAGUUUGUAAUACUUAAAAGUCACUUAUGACAAAAAGUCAUUCAGAAUUAACUUACUAUGAAAUGCUAUUUUAUAUUAUUGGACUUAAAGCCUUUGACACAGUAAAAAUAAUAUUAAGAAGAUGAAUAAAAUGGACAAAACACUCUUAAACCUAUUCAUUGUGUUCUGUGUGCUAUAGUUCUGUGUGCUUCUGAAAUGAGUAGGAUUAAGUUAUUUGUCAUUCUUGGCAAUUCAUGUUUGUUUUUCCAUUCUUAAUGUGACUUGGGAUUCAUUUUUCUUCACUUAUAUAUGUAAAAGCACUUCUGAUUUGAAAGAAAAAAAAAAAUCUUACAAAAAUGACCUCUUUAAUGCGUGACUGUUAAUCGAAGUUCUUUUUUUUUUACUAUAUUGAAAAAAUGUAAAUACGUGUCCUUUUUUUUUUUAAGCCUCAAGUUCAAAUAUUUCUAGGCAAUAGUUCAACUUGUCCUAAUUUUUCAUAACAACUUACUGUAUUUACUCUGAGAUUACAUAUCUUUAAAUGCAUAAGAUAUCAUCUGACCCAAGUAUAAGCCCUAGUUUUUUUAUUUGCAUAAUAACCAAAAUCUGCUGCUUUCUCUUUCAAGUCCCUGAUUUUGUUUUCAGAAUUCAUCUGUUUGCUUGACUCUGCUGAUCUGCCUUUUAAAAAAUUUUUCUGAGGUUCUGAGAAGAUCCUGUAAUUAUCGUAAAUAAUAUCCUUGACCUCUGAAGACUUUCUGUUGGGAAAAAAUAAAUAAAAGACUUAUUUACCCCUCCUGCAACCUAAAGUUAUCCCUGAAUAAUUUUUAGGGUUGUUUUGUUUUGUUUUGUUAUAUUUGUAUUUAAUUGACUGCCAGAGAGAUAAAAACACUGUAUGAAACAAAGUCUUGAAGACUACUGAAAAUAAUUUUUCAAAUUGGUAUCUGGAUUGUUGAGCAAUACUACAUUUUUGUUGUUUUUUUGUGUUAUUUUAAAGUAUUGACAGUAAUCCUGUUGUUAGGAUUGUAGAAUUCUAUUUCUUCAUAUUUACAUCAUUUAAGUUUCAUAACACUGCAAAAAAAAAGAUGCUUAAGCAUACAAGCUUGGCUUUCUUAGUAUCGAAAUAAUAAAUCUCAGAAUACUUAACCUGAACCAUCCAAUAUUCUCAUAUUCUUUUUGUUCUUUUCCCAUGGCUUAUCUUUUAACAUUAAAAUAUUUCAAUACAGGAUUGAAAUUGGCUCAAAGAUAAUGAAAUAAGCCAUUAGAAGAAACUUUUUGGGGUCACAUUUUCUUCUUCUGAGAAUGAAAGACAUAAUUAAUAAAUGACUUUCAUAUCAGAAGGUUAGAUGUUAUGAUAGCUUACAGCAUUUGCAAUUAAAUCAUCUAUAUGCUAUCAUUAAAGUAAUCCAGAUUAUCAAAAGUAAGUCACUAGCUUAAUUCUCCAUUUGAUAGAAUUUUGUUAUCAUCUGAGUUUAGAGGUGAUUAAAAAUCAGAUGGUUUCAUUUUGGUUUAUUGAAGACCUCAUUACUUUAGUGGAAAGGUUCUAUAGAGUUAGAGGCAGUCUGCUGUCAUGGGAAAAGACUGAGCUUGGAGUAAGAAGAUAUGGAUCCAAAACCUCAUCUGAACCCUGAUAGCUGAAUAACAGUCAGCACCCAUUUCCUCAUCUAUAAAAUGAUGCACUUCACAGGAUCAUUAUUAUUGAGUGGCACACCUAAGAGCAAUAUAUUGAAAUCUGAAUAUAGCAGAUAUUAACUAUCAUUUUCUUGGGCACUUUAUGGCUUAUACUUUGACAUUUUCUCUAUAACAACCUAUUCAGGCACAUUUAAGAAUCAUGCUCAUUUUACAGAUGGAAAAAACUGUCAGAGGGGUUCAGAUCACUUGCUGAUGGUCAUGAGUCUUUUAAGUGUUGGAGUUGAAGAUUUGAAUCUGGAUGUUCUGAGCAAUUCCUACUACUCUGCACUGCCUCAUAAAGCUGAAAGAAUGAAAACUCACAGCCACUACUCAAAUAGAGAAGGAUUUACAUUUUAUAAUUGGAGUUCACAUCUUAGUGAACUUUUCCAUUUAACUAACUUUAAAGCCUAGUAAAUUUUGCUUAUUUUUAAGUCUCUCUCUAGUCCGUUGUAUCAGUGAACUUCAUGAUAUAUUCCUGAUAAGAAAAGCAGUGCUAUUCAGCAGUUCUGAUGAGAAAACCUAGUCAGUUAAGCCAUAAAACUUGUCUUUUGUUUCCUCUCUAAUUUUAUUAAUGACUUUUGGUCCAGGUUACAAAUCUUAAUAGAAAGUUAUUUCAGUUAUAAGAGUAACUUCAAAGCAUCAUAAUUUCCCAUAGUGUUCAAGCCAAAGAACUGGUGUAGCAUUUGUAAUUUUUUUUCCUCGAGUCUCCAAAAUAUAGUUUGUCACACUUGAAAAUUACAUUAAUACUCUAAUUUCUAAGGGAUGUUACGUAACUUAAUAUUAUGUAGAUUGAUAUUUUUACUGUUUUCCAGUUCACUGCAAUAUAAAUGUGUCGGGAGGAUUAGUCCUGAUGUUCUUAUAGCAACCUUGUUAUAAGAAAUUCAUCUUAGGACAUUUAUAUAUUUAGGUUAAUUGAAACUUAAACUUUUUUUUUUUUAAAGCAAAUAAACUCUCAUUUAAUCACUUUUAACACCAAAGGUGCCUUUCAGGACAGUAAAUGCUGAAGUUGAAAUUGAGUACAAAGAAGUUGUCAUUAAACUACUUCGAUGCAUAUUUUAUAAAGCUAUAUACUGUUUCUUUCUGUACCACUCAGUGGUACAAACAAAAGGGAUUGUUUCCUAUUGAUAGAAAGCACAUUGAUGUCCUUUCUGGAAAUGAGCUGUACUCCAGUAAGGAUGAAAUAAGAAUUAUCAAUUUUACUGUUGGAAAGCUUUCUGCUACUGCAGUCAAUUUCUCCUGGAUUCCAAGGCUUUGUGAAUUGUUUAUUGCAUCAUAUUAACUAUGCUUUGACAAAUUUCUCAGAAGGGUGCUUUAUUUUGUAUAGAUCUGACUAUAAAGGAAAGCUUGUUAAUGCAUUUCUCAAAAUAAAGUUUAUAAAUUAUUUAUA